AUGAAGUUGGACACCAAAGCCAUCCGCUACCUCAGCAGCGAAGACUGGCGCGUGCUCGCUGCAGUUGAACAGGGUAGCAAGAAUCAUGAAGUCGUCCCGACACCUCUCAUCUCGUCCAUUGCUGGCCUUCGUGGUGGCAGUGGCGUCCACAAGAACAUCUCGAAUCUCGCCAAAGUUGGUCUGAUAGGCAAAGUCAAGAAUGCACGGUACGACGGCUACCGUCUUACAUAUGGUGGCCUGGACUACCUCGCACUCAACGCACAUCGCAAGUCCGACACCAUCUUCAGCUUGGGCAAUCAAAUUGGUGUCGGCAAAGAAUCAGAUAUCUACAUCACAGCAAACGCUGAUGGUCGUCAACAAGUCCUCAAACUCCAUCGACUUGGCCGCAUCUCCUUCAGAACAGUCAAGGCCAAUCGCGACUAUCUUCGGAACCGCCAGACCGGAUCAUGGAUGUACCUCUCCCGACUCGCAGCGCAGAAAGAACAUGCGUUCAUGCGCGUACUGUACAGAGAAGGCUUCAGCGUGCCCGAGCCCAUCGCAUGGUCACGGCAUACCGUGGUGAUGGAGUUCAUCGAUUCGUUCCCACUGCGGAUGGUAGACAGCGUUCCAGAUCCCGGCAAACUCUAUGCAGAACUGAUGCAGAUCAUCGUCGACCUUGCGAAGCGUGGUCUGAUCCACGGUGACUUCAAUGAGUUCAACAUCCUGAUCAAGGAGAGAGAGGAAGGUGGCAAAGUCACGCUCAAGCCAGUGCUUAUCGACUUCCCACAAACUGUCAGCACCAACCACGCGAAUGCCGAGUACUACUUUGACAGAGAUGUGGCAUGCGUCAAGCGGUACUUUGAGAGGAGGUUCAAGUAUGUCUCUGACGAAGAUGGACCUUUCUUCGCAGAUGCUAUGAAAGGUGCGGACCAAGAGCGGAGACUCGAUAUCGAGGUGGAGGCCUCUGGUUUCUCCAAGAAGAUGGGCAAGGAGCUUGAGCGCUUUGUAGAGGCGACGGCUAGCGGUGUGGGUGAGACUGAGCAGGAUGAGGGAGCUCAAGACGAGGAGCUGGAUGACGAUGACGGCGGAGAUCAGGAUGAUGAAGCACAUCAGGUAGAUGGCGAACAGGACGGUGGUUCCGAUGUGGAAAGCAAUGGUCAGAUCGAUGACCCAGCGCUGGCGGAAGAUCUGGGAGGACUUUCAGUCGAGGAUGAUGUGGCAGCCAAGCAGUACGUGCCGGCAGACUUUAGACUCGAGCCUUUGGAGCUUAGCCACGACCCCGAUGUUGUAGCGGAGAAGGUGCGAUCGAAGAAGAAAGCCACGGGAUGGGCUAUCUGA